AUGGGACGUUCUCUACUCCAGUCCGCGACCAUCGUGCUCGCGCUCGUCCUGCCCUUUGGCAGCGCGGCGCCCCGCGGCCUUCAUAAGGCGCGCGUGAUCAAGGAGCCCGGCGAGCUCGAGGAAUCCUACGACUACGUCAUUGUCGGUGCUGGCACUGCCGGCCUCACCAUUGCCGACAGGCUCACGGAGGACGAGGACGUGACCGUUCUCGUGGUUGAAUAUGGACUGUUGAGUGCGCGACUCCCCAAGAUCGCGACCGUCCAGGGUGGUUUCAGCGGCAUGGACUCGGCUUUCAUGUUCCCGACCCAAUCCGUCCCGCAAGUCAACCUCGGAAACAGGCGGACCGCGGUGCUGGCUGGCAAGGUUGUCGGCGGCAGCUCCGCCGUCAACGCCAUGAUGACGAUCCGCGGCUCCAAGGGCGAUUACAACCGAUGGGGCAACUUCUUCAGCGACGAGUCCGAAUGGAGCUGGGAGGGCCUCCUCCCGUACUUCAAGAGGGCGCUCACGUUUGUCCCGCCCAACGACGACGUCGCGACCGAGUCGGAAAUCAUUUACGACACGAGCUACUGGGGCAACAGCUCCGGCGUGUACACGUCGUGGCCGUCUUUCCAGUAUCCCGGAACCGCGGCGCAAGUCGAGGCCUGGAAGGUCAUGGAUGGCGUCAACUUCACCCCGACAGCGGCUCUGGCGAGACAGGCGACCGGACACUACAGCAACCUGGAUAGGUCCAACUACCACCUCGUCACCAACUCCAAGGUGAUUCGUGUCGACGUGGAGGAUGGCACUGCCACCGGCGUUGCAUUCCGCCCGGGUGAUGAUGCGGCUGGUGAGGUCACCACUAUCGCUGCCAAGAAGGAGGUCAUCAUAUCCGCCGGUGCGGUCCACACUCCCCAGAUUAUGCAGCUGAGCGGAUUGGGUCCAAAGGAUAUUUUGGAAGAGGCUGGUAUCGAAGUCAAGGUCGAGCUUCCCGGUGUCGGCAAGAACUUCCAGGACCACCCCAUGCUGACUGCCCGGUUUACUCUUCGCAACUUCAACUUCUCCCCAUCGGGCAGCGACUUGGUCGCGAACGGCGAGUUCCGCGACUGGGCCAACGAGGUCUGGGAGAAGAACAGGACCGGCCCCUACUCCAUCGCCACCGGCAACGCCGCCGCGUGGCUCUCGUUCCCCACCAUUUCCGAGCGGUACGAGGAGGUGGCCACCCUCCUCGAGGAGCAGGAGCACGCCGCAUACCUGCCCGAGGGAACGGACGAAACCGUGGCCGCCGGGUACGCCGCGCAGAUGAAGUCGUACGCCGAGGCCCUCCGGAGCAACCACACGGCCUUUUACAACCUAGUGUUCACGUCGGGCCCGUCCAACGGCAUCCUCGUCGAUCUCCACCCCCUCAGCCGCGGCACGAUCAACGUCGACCCCGCGGACCCGGAGGGCAGCGAGCCCCUCGUCGACUAUCGCGCGCUCACCAACCCCCUCGAUUCCGUCAUCAUGGCGGAUAUCCUGCGCUACACGCGCAAGUUUUACCUGGAGAAUAGCGUCAACGCCGAGUACGAGGCGGCCGAGUCGCAGCCCGGCGCCCGCGUGCAGACCGACGAGGAGAUGGCGGCCUAUCUGCAGCAGACGCUCUCGCCCACCGAGUACCAUCCCGCGGGCACUUGCGCCAUGAUGCCCCUGGAGCUCGGAGGUGUCGUGGACGAGCAGCUCAAGGUGUACGGUGUCAAGAAUCUUAGGAUUGCCGAUGCAAGCAUCAUUCCCACGCUCCCCGGCGCCAACACUUGCCAGACAGUAUACGCUAUUGGCGAAAAGGCUGCGGAUCUGAUCAAGGCCGGAGCAUCGUCUGGGGAUUCUGAAGAGGCCGAGGAGGAAGCACCGGAGGUUGAAGAACCCGAAGUUGAGGAGCCUGAGGAUCCGGAGACUGAAGAGCCCGAGUCAGACUAA